UAAAAAAAAACACCCCCACUUGGUGAUCACUUGGUAAAAUGAACCAUUAACCUACCAUUAAGUUUGGGUCAGAAACGAAGUAGUAUUAAUUUAUUCACCUUGGUAAAAGAUACAAUAGUUAUAUUGGAUCAAACUAAUGUACUCAUAAUAAUAAUGUAGAUAGAGAGAGAUAAGGACGAGUGAGAUUUCUUGGAAGAAGAUUGAUAGUUUUGGAAGUUUUGCAGUGGGCUUUUUAUAGGGUGGUUUUUAAUAGAAUCACAGAAACAGCAAAAAAAAAAAAAGAAUACUUACACACCAAAUGGACCUGCAUAGAAUACUAGAAAAGAGAUCAAAAGAAGUUUUUUUUCUCUCAUGUUAUUAUUAUUAGUACCUCAGUACUCCUAAUUCGUCUUAUUUGUCAAUCCCAUUCCUCCUCCUCCUAGUUAUGUUUUCUCUCCUCCUCCUUCCUCCUCCUUCCUCCUACCAAAUCCAAUUCCUUUCUCCACCGUCACCAUAAUAAUCAUUGUCUGAAACAACCCACAAAGAAAAAAAAUAAAAAGGAAGGCGAAAAGAAAGAGGUCCAAAAAUGGUGUUGGGAUGGAGAAGGGCGUUUUGUACAUCGAUCCAUAAAGAUCGGAGCUCCAACUCUUCUUCAUCGUCUUCAUCAGGGAGGCAUGACAAGAAUAAAAUUGCUAAUGAUGGUGGUGCCCAGAGUGAUCCCUCCACUCCAAAGUUUAGUUCUAAGCUAAGGUUCUUUUCCAAUCCUUCGACGCCCCGGUUGCAAACUCCGCCGGUUUCGAGUCCAAGUCUCCGUUGCCGGACCACCACCAGUACAGCUCCGUCUACGCCGACGGCGCCGGAGAGUCCAAAGCUGAGGUGUAAGACCACCACCACUAACAGCCCCAGAUUCUUCCAGCGUUCCAACCCAUCUUCUCCUCGCUCCCCUUCCACUUUUUCUCUUCUUAAAUCCACCCUUCGCCUCUCUAAUAAUAAGAAAAUGGAGUAAUUUUUUGUGCUUGGAAAAAUGGCAGGCGAAAUGUGGAAUAUGUUUGCAAAACGUCAAAAGUGGGCAAGGAAUGGCAAUAUUCACGGCGGAGUGCAGCCACAGCUUCCAUUUCCCCUGCGUCGCCGGCCACGUGAGGAAUCAGGAAGCGAUCAGGUGUCCUGUCUGCAACUCUCCAUGGACUGAAAUGCCCUUGCUCUCCAUCCACAAUGUCAGCACCGGCCACCCUCAAAAUCAAAUGCCAAAGCUUGCCAAAGAAGAAGGGAAAAAGAUGGAAUUUCCUUCGUCCCCAAGGACGCCUACAUCUCUUAAUCAGCAUACCGGAAGCGGAAACGGGAAGCCUUCUUCAGUGGUGUUGAAAGUUUACAAUGAUGACGAGCCUUUGAUGUCACCCACUUGUGGAGCCAGGUUCAAUCCCAUACCCGAAUCAGACGAGUGCGAUGAAGAUAUUAUUGAAGAAUUUCAAGGAUUUCAGACCACUUCCAGUCCUUUGUUUCAGAAAACAGCUUCCACGUCUUCCAGUAAUGUUGAGUCGAGAAUAUUGCCGGAAUCCGCCGUGUUAUCCGUUUCCCGGAAUCAUCAGACUCUCGUGGUCGUGCUGAAAAUCAAAGCUCCUCCGGCUCCGUUAGUAGCAGCCAGAAGAGCUCCGAUUGAUUUGGUGACAGUGAUUGAUGUGAGCGGGAAAAUGACUAAUGAGAAGCUUCAAAUGGUAAGACGAUCCUUGAGGCUGGUGGUUUCCUCAAUGUCCGCCGCCGAUAGACUCUCAAUCGUGGCGUUCUCGUCCACCUCCAAACGUCUGCUGCCACUGAGGAGGAUGACGACGGCCGGACGGCGAUCAGCCCGACGGAUAGUUGACGCAAUCGUGGCAUUGGAUGGAACAGCACCCGCGUGUGCGAACGAUGCGCUCAAAAAGGCUGUUAAGGUCCUCGAGGAUCGCCGGGAGAAGAACCCCGUUGCCAGCAUCAUACUGUUAUCGGACUCCUUGGAUUUCCACCGCUCACACAAUCAGAGGCGGCAGACGUCGACGGUGUACACCACGCGCAUUACUCAUCUCGAAGUCCCAGCGGUUGCAGUGGGGUUCAAUCCCAGCAGCAGCGCGUUGGAUCAAACGCACCCGGUGGACGACGGUCUCCCGAAAUGCAUCGGGAGCUUACUGUGCGUAAUGGUGCAGGAUUUGCGGGUGAAUUUAGGGUUUAUUCCGGGCGGGUCGAAUCAGGCGGAGAUAUUGGGGGUUUACUCGUACGCGGGGCGGGCCGCUGCACUCGGAUCGGGUGUGAUCCGUCUGGGUGAGCUGUUCGCGGAGGAAGAAAGAGAGCUGCUGGUAGAAUUAAAAGUCCCAUCAGUGAGUUCACUGGGGCCCCACCACGUAUUGUCCGUUAGAUGCUCAUACAAAGACCCGUCAACUCAAGAGCUAAUCCAAGGUAAAGAACAACCUCUCUUGGUCCCACGCCCACGCGCCGUCCGAUCAACCACCCCAACCAUCGAGCGCCUGAGAAGCCUCUUCGUGGCCACCCGAGCCGUGGCUGAGUCACGGAGGUUAGUCGAGAAGAGCGACUUAGCCGGAGCUUACCAGAUGCUGUCGUCGGCUCGGAACAUGGUGUUGCAAGCCGGGUCCGGCGACGAGGUGGUGCGCGGCUUGGAAGCUGAGCUGGCGGAGUUGCAUUGGAGAAGACAGCAGCAGAAUCAGGUCCGGCGGAGACAGAACGUGGAGAGGAGACCGGCUGCUAACUUGGAUGAGAAAUCGAGUGAGCCGCUCACGCCGACAUCGGCUUGGAGAGCGGCGGAGAGACUGGCUAAAGUUGCCAUUAUGAGGAAAUCCAUGAACAGAGUCAGCGACUUGCACGGCUUCGAAAAUGCCAGAUUUUAGACCUUUUUUUUUCUUUCUUUUGGUUUAAUACUAUGUGAAAAAAGAAAAAGAUAAAUUAGCUGCAGUAUUGUAAAAAAUAAUUAUUCAGAAAAAAAAAAAAGAAAUGGAAAACCUAGGGAGUAAAAUAGCGACAAAAGGUACUGGACGGAUUGGCGCUUUCUGCAAGAGGAGGGAAACAAAUGGGUAAUUAGAGAGGAAGAAAGAAAAACAGAAAAAAAAAAACCCACAACCCACAAUGGUGUGAUUGAUUGAGGGUCUUUUUUAUUUUGUUUAGGGGAGAAAGAAGGCUCUUUUUGUCCUGAAAUUUAAUUUUCAUACCUUUGAGCCUUUUCUCCCACUUUUUUUUUUCCCCCCCUUUUCAUUUUAGGUUUAAUUUUAUAGUGCAAAGUAAUAUGUAGAGAGGAUUGGAUGAUGAUAAUGGAAAUGAACAGAAAUAAAGCCUUUUUCUUUUUUUUUCCUUCUUCUUUUUUGGCGUUGAUGAUUGAUGAUUCCCUUGUGGUCCGA